UCCCACUGUUUACUUCCGCGGUGAAAAGUCAACCUCGUCCUUUUAGGCUCUUUUUGUUUAUGAGGCAGUUUUCUUACUUUGGUAGAAAUUGCCGAAGCUACUUGAGUGAGUAAUUAAUCAUUAUCAAAUAUGUCGUCUGAUAAGCUAAUUGGACCCGCUUUACCGCCCAUGUUCAGAAAGGAGAGUCCUGAAGACUCUGAUAGUGAAGAAGGAUUCGCCGGUCCUGCUUUGCCUCCUGGUUACAAGCGGGCAGAACCGUCGAGCUCCUCUGAUGAGGAUGAAGAGAAGGUGUCGUUCAAAAGAGCCAAAACUGGACACACAUCAGGAGACAGACCUAUAGAGGAGAACAAAGAAGAAGAAGAUGAUGGUUUCUUUGGACCAGCCCUGCCACCAGGAUUUAAGAAACAGCAGAGUUCACCAGAAAGGCCACCUGUACUGGGACCAGCUUUGCCUCCUGGGUUUCGCAGAGCAGCGUAUGAAAAUGAUGAUGAUGAUAAUGACGGUGAAGAUGGAGAGGGCUACCCAGGGCCUGCCCUUCCACCAGGCUACCAGGUCGAGCCCUCCAGCAGCGAGGGAGAGGACGACGAUGUGAUCGGACCCAUGCCAGCCAAAGGACCUAUUCAAGACUCUGUGGCUCUAGACUUUGAGCGCAGAGCACAGAGAAUGAAAGAGAAACUGACAGGAGAUGAUACUCCUGAGGUGCUGACAAGAGAAUCAUGGAUGACUGAGCUCCCACCAGAGCUGCAGCACAUCGGCUUGGGGGCCCGAACUUUCAAGAAGAGGUCGGGUCCAGAGAACAAGGAUCGCUCCAUUUGGACAGAUACACCAGCAGACAGGGAGGGCAAGGCCAGGGAGCGCCUUGAGAGAAAGAAGAAGGGUGAGGCAGAGAAAGACGACGCACCACAACUUUCCCGGAAAGACUUGGAAAUGGCAGAGAAGGUGUCUCAGUAUAAUGAGUCUAAACGUGCUGAGUCUCUGAUGAGUUUGCAUUCGAAGAAGAUGAAGGAAAAAGCAAAAGAGAAAGCUGACAAACCAGUGGAGAGGAGGCCAUUUGAUCGUGAUGCUGACCUGCAGGUGAACCGCUUCGAUGAUGCGCAGAAGCAGCGGCUGCUGAAGAAGUCUCAGGAACUGAACACACGAUUCUCUCACAGCAGGGACCGAAUGUUCUUGUAGCGCACUGUCAAAAUGUAAAAAAAAUAAAAAAUGCUUUUUAACGUGCAGACCUCCACUGGCCGCCUCAUUAGGGAAAUUUUCAUACAGGGUUUGUAUGAUAUGGACUAUGUUUCUAUUGUACAUGAGGUAAAUUAAACUGGAUCAAAUGGACAAUAAAGACCUGGCAGACAUGUCCAUUUAUUAAAAGUACAUGUCUAUGGCUGGAUGCAAUGUUACACUAAAUGUUUCAAACUGAUUCAAGCUGUUAAAAAGCAGCAGCCAGUGGAGCCUGCAUAUUUUCCCAGGAGACACUGUUUUAGGGCUGAUGAUGUGGAAAGAAAUGCAAACAAAUUAAAUAUUUUUCCUACAUUGAUAUAUCAGGUUGUCUUUUGACACUGGACUAUAUUUCUGCCGGUACCAAUUAGAUCAAUGGCAUAAUGCCUGAAAAAAUUUACUUAGUUGAUAUUCAUCCUGUUAGACUAUAGUCGUAUUGUAAAUCAUUUUCAUUUGGUAUGCUAAAAUGUUUGAGGACUUUAGUGGGAAACCUCCAAUUUAGUAAUUUCUUAUUUUUCUUAAUCCCUUCAUUACAAUGAGAGAUGUUGUACUAUUAUGUGUAACAAUUUUUCUUGCAUCCUGAAGCUGUUUUUACAAAUGUGUUUUUGUUUCAGUUGAUUAAAGGUUUUUUAAAAACCUACACGUUAUUUUUACCAGUGCAUUGUUACCUGUGAGUGUCAUCAUUAAUAAACUGUACAUGGGUCAAUAUAAAAUUGAGGGACUUUUGAAGUCCAUGGGCUAUAUCUUGCAUACAUUUUUAUUAAAAGUAAACAGUCCUGAUGUUUAUGCUCAUUA